AGAAAUAAUUACUUUAACGUUUUUUAUUUAAUGAAACCAGACGCAUAGGCUCCUAUAUCAUCACACAACUCUCGAAUGCGAUCGUUCGCUCGUGAUAUUCACCGGGCGGCGUGUUGUUUAUUUACAUCCAGUGACAGAAGCACACCUCAAAUUGACAGCAUGUCUACAUCAUGCGAAGCUUGCCCCUUCUUUGCAGAAGACUUUGACCUCAAUUCGUAAACAACACUUUUCCGAUCAGUUUUAUGGAGGAUUAAAAAACAGCAUUGUCGCAUGUGUUUGUUCUUGUAAAGCACUCUGUUCAUAGAAACAUUUAGCAUGGGACGUAAAUAUUACUGCGACUAUUGUGAUAAACGGAUACAAAACGAUUACAACAUAAUCAAACAACACAAUGUAGGACUGCCACAUCUUCGAGCCAGGGCUGAAUACUUUCAACAAUUCAAAAGUAUUGAAGAGAUUUUAGGGGAAAUCAAAUAUAAACCGCCUUGCCGUUCCUUGAAAGAUCAUAGUGUUUGCAUGUUUGGGGUACUAUGCAGAUAUCGUCAUUAUACAUCAGAGCAAAUUCGGGAAAUGCAACAGUUUGUUCAACGUCCGAAAGAGUUUAAUUCUAAAAGAUCAGAACGACUGCGUAAAUACUUGCGGAAUGUAAUGGCUCGUUCGGAGCUAUUCGUUAAAAAACGAUACAAUCAACAUGCGAUGGAAAAAUUACCACCUUCUAUGAUACAAAUCGAAGAUUCUUCCAAGUAGACGCCAGCCAAAAACACUGUCUUGUAUGGGAAACAAGUUUUUUGUUUAACCAUCAAUGAAUCGCGUAAUCAGCGAAUUUGCUUGAAUUUGUUAUACAUCAUCCACCAUUGAUAAUUGUUCCUGAAAGCUUAUUUAACAUAACUUAUUUAGAUGAAAGAUAUAAAUGAAGCUGCCCAAAAAUUUAAUAAAAUACAUCCAAAACUACUUUAUUUUCAUUGUUGUCAUUUCUAUCGCUACAAUGAAGCAUCUAUGUGCCUAGCUUUGGGUUAAUCGUUAUUUUAUAUUGUUUUAAUCUACAAAAUGCCCUUUAAUUGCCAUGGUUGGUAUAAAAACAGAGUCAAAAACCAUAAACAAUACUCAUUAUGCAGAAUAAUAAACAAAAAAAAUCACAGCAGCGGACAAAAUUUUAUUACAGUUCAAUAAAUGUGUUACGUGUACCUUACGCUA